UUGAAAGCAACCCGUACAGCCGGAAGUCAUCCAUAACCUGGCAGUUUUCUCUCUGAGACACCGGAAGCAAUCGCAGGUUUAGGUGACGCUGCAUUAGACUGCAAGACAUGAUCCGGUCCAAGCUAUACGGUUUGCUCCUCCUCAGCCUGGCUCUUGCUGGAGCUCCAGCACUCACACCGUCUCACCACCUGUCUUUGUCUGACGUGGGCCGGCUGCAGAACCUCCUGAACCAACCGUACACCGACCUAGAGUCCGCAUACUACUCUGUGGUUGGGCUCACCAAGCUCGGAGCGGUUGUUCCGAAUCCUGCAGAAGUUUGUCAGUUCCUGAAAUCCCAGCUUGAUCCCAGUAGCGUAGAUUCUCUGUUCUUCGCAGCUGAAACCAGUCAGGCCAUUUCAGGAUGUGAGAUCCCAGUAUCCAAUGAAACCAGGGACAUCCUUCUGGCAGCAGUCAGUGAGGACUCCUCCGUGUCUCAGAUCCAUCGAGCCGUGGGUGCUCUCAGCACUUUGGAGCUUCCUCUAGCUUCACAGGAAGUUGUCAGUGCCCUCACAGCACGCAUCAACAAGGAGGACAAUGUUAUGGCCAUCAUCUCAGCUCUGCAGACUGCAUCCCGCCUCUCCCAGCAGGCAGAAUUGGGAGGAAUCCUGGAGGAGAUUGAGGAUCUGACAGCCCGUUUGGAUGAUCUGGGAGGCAUCUACCUCCAGUUUGAAGAGGGACUUGAGGCCACUGCCCUGUUUGUAGCUGCAGCUUAUGGCCUCUCAGAUCAUGUAGACAUGGAGCCCCCCCUGAAGGAGGACCAGGUCAUCCAGCUGGUGAACUCCAUCUUCAGCAAGAAAUCCUGGGACUCUCUGUCCGAGGCCUUCAGUGUGGCGAGUGCUGCCGCCGCUCUGUCCAACAACCGCUUCCACGUCCCUGUCAUCGUCAGCGCUCAGGGACCGGCCACAGUGUCCCACAACCAGCCCACCCUGCAGCUCCUCGUCACUGAUGUCAUGUCUCAGCCUCUGGCAUCAGCCAAUGUGAUGGUGGAGUCUGCGUUUGCUGUGGCCUCCAAGAGCGUGGUCCUCAACCAAGCGCCUUUCACUCAUAAUGAUGGCAUCUUUGAACUGAACUUCAUGUCCAGCCAGCCAGCUAGUGGAUAUUACCAGUUCACCAUUGGUGUGACCGGGGACACCCGACUGGUGGCCAAUCAUGUGGAGCUGAAAGUGAAGGUUUCCACUGAGGUUGCCAUUACCAACAUGGACCUCUCUGUGGUGGAUAAGGAUCAGAGCAUCGGCACAAAGACCACCAGGGUGCAGUAUCCCUCCAAAGCCAAGAGCUCCUUCACAGCAGACAGCCACCAGAACUUCGCCAUGUCCUUCCAGCUGGUUGACGUUAACAAUGACCAGGAGCUCACCCCUCACCAGACCUUUGUCCGGCUGCACAAUCAGAAAACGGGCCAGGAGGUCGUGUUCGUUGCCGAACCAGACAGCAAGAAUCUCUACAAGUUUGAGUUGGACACGGCUGAUCGGAAGUCAGAGUUCGAUUCUAUGUCGGGUACCUAUUCCCUCUACCUCAUCGUUGGAGAUGCUACCCUGGAGAACCCCAUCUUGUGGAAUGUGGCUGAUGUUGUCCUGAAGUUUGCCGAUGAGGAAGCUCCAGCCGCUGCUCAGCCCAAGACCCUUUAUGUACCCAAACCAGAGAUUCAGCAUUUGUUCAGGGAGCCGGAAAAGAAGCCUCCAACAGUGGUUUCCAACACCUUCACCGCCCUCGUCCUUUCUCCCCUCCUGCUUCUGCUCAUUCUGUGGUUUAAGCUUGGAGCCAACAUCUCCAACUUGAGCUUCUCUCCGAGCACGAUCCUGUUCCACGUGGGACACGCAGCCUUGCUCGGCCUUAUGUACGUCUACUGGACCAACCUGAACAUGUUUCAGACUCUGAAGUACCUGGCAAUCAUCGGCGGUGUAACUUUCCUUGCCGGGAACCGCAUGCUGGCCCAGAAAGCAGUGAAGAGGAUUGCUGCUGAGCAGAGUAGUAGGUUGGCAAAGUAUAGGAGCCUUCGGUAAAGCCCCACUUUUGUAAGAUAAGAGUCGGUUCUGCUUCCAGGCUCAAAAUGGAGAAAAAAUAAGGGCAAAAAAAAAUUUAAAAGAAGACAGUGAUGGUGGUCUUUAUUUUUGUUUGUUUGCAACAAAAUCAGACUGUGGAAAAAAAUGGCACAGAUGUUCAAGAAUCCAAUUGAUGGUUUAAACAUGCAGUAAGACUGCUGCCAAAUGGAAGGGGUGGAGACACGACAUCGUUUCUGAAAGACUGGACGAACACGAACAGGUUCUCCUGCAGAGGCUGGAAAGAUACUGAUCAUUGCACUUCACCUUCCUCUCAUCUUUUCUUUUUCUUCAACACAGCAACGUUUUUCAGUGAGCUGGAAUUUUUAUUGGUGGUUUCUUAAAGAAAUUUGGGUUUUGUCUUUUUUGUUUUUUUGUUGUACAUUCCUCUUUGUUGGUGCUCAGUGCUCAUUUCACCUCAGAAAGGAGCUGCUUCUUCUUCAUUAAAUAUUCAACUAUUGGACGUAGCACUGACACCUGGAUUAAAAUGAACCGUGCUGAUGUGUUUGCCUCCGGUACUCUUCUAUUUUCUACAGAAAAUGCUCCCAUGAAAAUUUGUUGAUGAUACAAUAUGGGCAGUUUCCAAUGUUUUUGUAAUGAAGACGCGAAAAUAAAGAAGCUGUGGUGAAUUUA